CAGUGCGCCUCACAAACCUCUCCGGAUUUUGCGGUGGGCGGCAGCGACCGGCUUGUCCACUCUACAGCCAAGCAGCAAACAGCACUUAACACUCACUAAAGUGCCAGUCAUCCUGACAUCACCAUUGUUUAUAUCGUUUGCGGAGAUUUCACUGUUCCAGUCAACCCGGUGCACCGCAGUAGUGGCAUUACUCUGAGCACCUGCUCGAAGUGACAACAGUGUAUUUAGCUGAUAGUGACUUAGCUGCUGGCGGUAAAGCACAUGGAUCCUCAAAACACUGCUGUGAACGCCGAGGCAAACAUGAUGUUGACCCACGCUAAGACUCUCAGGCUGCACACCGGGAAUCUGGUUAAUCGGAGUCGCCUGAGAAAGAAGUGCCCGGGUUCUCCCAGUGAGGAGCUUCAGGACUGUAUUCAGGCGACACUGAGUGAAUGGAUGUCCAUGACUAAACCACAGUCUGAGGGUUUUCAUGACACGUUGGACUGUUCCAUCCCGCAAGUCACAGAUGCAAUCACACCUGAGGAGAGGGAGGAGGUGAAAGUUUCAGCAAAACUGUUUCUGUGUGAGCCAGUUGAGUCAUCGAUCAGAGAUGCAGUGGAAAUGGGCUGCCAGACUUUAGCCGUGUCCCAGCUUGACUCUGUCAUCAUAGCGCCGACGGUGCUGCCCGAGGGUGACGGUCUAACAUUGGCUCAUCUUCAGCCGGCCUGGGAGGAGCUGGAGUCCCUGGUCAGGAGCCAGCAAAUUGCUGCCAUCGGGACUUCUGACCUGGACAAAGAUCUGUUGGAACAGUUGUACAACUGGGCACAGGUGAAGCCUAGCAGUAACCAGGUGAAUCUAGCUUCAUGCUGCGUGAUGCCUCCAGACCUAACUGCAUUUGCGAAAGGGUUCGACAUCCAGCUGCUAACACACAGUGAUCCUAAAGAACUGAUGUCAGCAGCCACCUUCCAACAGGCACUGCAGGAGGGAGCACAGGACCUCAACGUCACCAACUGGAGGCUGGAGUGGGUCCUACGCUACUCCAUAAUCGUCAAGAGCCGUGGCAUCAUCAAGUCUAAAGGCUACCUUGUCAGUGCAAGGAAGGUGAACCCUUAGAAACUCUAUCGGAGGAAAGGACAAUGGGAUGAAGCCAUUGUCAUCCACACUCGCAUAUGAUUGCAGCAACAGCAGUCAGCUGACAGUUGAAACCAGUCUUGAAGUCUACUUUUAACAGAAUUGCAUAUUUUUCAUUACCAAAUUGUCGUAGUUAACAGAGGCAGAUGCUCGUCAUCAGUGAGGCCAGAGACAGAAAAAAAAACCAUGCAGCUUCAACCUCAUGAUCAGUUUGUGGAGAGCAGGACUGUGACACGGUCCCUAGGUUUUUGUCAUAACCUGAUCACUGACAGCUGAGCCUUUUACAGGUGACUUUAAUAGACUCAUACACACAGUACAUCUUCGAUCCAAGGUGAAGGCUCUUUACCCUGUGCCUCUCAGUGCCUUUUCAUGUUGGUGUUUUUAAAUGGUCAUACAUGAUUAAUCCCCAUUGUGGCUGUGGCUGUGUUAAUCAAACUAUAUAUAUAUAUAUAUAUAUGGGGACAUGGGAUAAAAAAUGUGUUUUUGUUUAGCUUUAGAUUGAGAUUUAGAAAUGUGUCUAGAUUUCUAUCUAAACUAUCAGUUUCUAUUGUUACUGCUGUGUACUCCACACCAUUUGCAUUCCACACAUUGAAAAACAAUUCAUGCACUUUUUUUUCACUCUAACUACAUCAAUGUAUUUUAUUAUGCAGAUUUAGAUUUUAACUGGUGAAAUGGACUGCUUUGAUUGUGACUUUCACAUUUUCUACCUGUCUGCCUGAUCAACCAAUUGUCAAUUAAGUGAAAAAAAAACCAAACACUUUUAACAAUGCAGUGAUUGAUUAAUCUGCACAUUAAUGUUGAUAAUUUAGAAAAGUCAGGUGAAAGCUCUAUUUUCAAACAUAACAUUGGAAAUCAUGGAUUUAUGUCUUGGGAAUUUCUGUGGGAAAAAUACUAUUGUUGAUUGAAAUGUGCUCUAACAAACAGGGUAGUAUUGAUGUCAUAAAGACAAUCUGCACUGUAAA